AUGAGGCGGGACUUCUUCCGGCGCCUGCCGCCGGCGACAGCCCUCCUCAUCGUUUCAUCACUGCAGGUGCACGCUAUAGCCUUGCUACCAAGAGCCACACAAACCCUGCCAUAUCGCGUUCUGGACGUCGUGGCAUGGCCGCCGUUGCCAACAGCCCCCGCUGUUUCCAAUGCCGAUUUUCACGAACUGCUCCGCCGGCAAAAUGGGCAGACUGUGUGCGGUUAUAUAAAUGGUGACCCGAACUUGGCGGCAACAUGCAGCGCCGGCUCUCAUUGCGUCCUGGAUCAGCAACACAAUGUUGUAGGCUGCUGCGCAGACGGCCAGGCCGAGUGCACAGCAGGUGUAUACACUGGCUGUGUUGACUACAACAGCGGCCCGCAAACCAUUGUUAAUCCCUACGUCUAUACGUGCGCCGGAAGCGACGUCUGCUACAAGAAUCAGUUUGGUGGCGGCGCAUCCCAGUAUGGAUGCGGUACUGCGAGCGACCUUGCCGCCACCGUCGACGCAACAGCCUCGGGCAUCACAGCCUCUGUAUCCAUGUCCAACGUUGACGUCAGCCUCACCGCGCAGCCUACGACCGUUUCAACCCCAAUUACUAUCGAUCCGAGCACGGGCACGAGGCCUUUUACCAGCUCUUCAUCCUCUUCCUCUUCCUCUUCCUCGUCGUCAUCUUCAAGCUCGUCUACCUCAACUUCGACCAGCUCGUCGACGACAUCUACUAGAGAACCGACGACCGCUCCUCCCACAACAACCGGAACAAACUCGCCCAGCGAGACUGGCGCCGCUCCCGCCGCGGGCGCCUCUUCUGUGGACAGGACGGGCGCCAUCGUAGGUGGAACGAUUUCGGGAGUUGCCGUUUUGGUUGCUCUGAUAGCUGUUGCGGUCUUCCUACUGCGCCGCAAAAAGAAUAAUGUGCGUAAGGGACCCCCAGGCCCUGGGGGAGACACCCAAUACAUUUCUCCAAUGUCAGGGACUCAGGGCUUCCAGCGUUUGCACGACAGUAAUGCCGGCUUUGAAACUGGCCUGCCACCGGGAACCAUGGCAGCGGCUGCAAUUCCGACGAGUGCCGCUGCGGGCCAGCCCCAACAGUGGCAAGGGCAGUGGCAACAGCCGUCUCAGCAGCAGUGGGGCAUGGCUGGUAACCCUCAAGUUGGGUAUGUGGACAACGCCGGGACGGUGAGGUAUGUUGAGAACAAUCCUACAGUGCCUCAGGCCGGCUACGUGGAUACGGCGUCACCAGAAGCCGCGCGCCCAGGCUUCGUGAGCAACGAAGCCAUGAUGGCUGCAGGCGCCACUCAAUACGGUGGUGUUGCUGGUGCCCAGCCCGCAAGUCACGGUACACAAGGUUCUAUGGGCAACGGGCUUGAUGUUGCCAGCCCCGGGCGCAACAGUUCCAUCAUGCCAACCCCUAUACAAGGAUAUCACUAUCCUGGACAGUUUCCCGCUGCCUAUGCCGCAGCCGCUCUCCCCGCAGGGGCUGGAGCUCACAAACGAACAUCAAGCCAGGGUGGCGUCAGCAGCUAUUACAACAGCGUCGUUGGUCCUCCAUCGACAGUGGCCGGUCCCACAAUGAAUAUGAGGGGAGGUGGUGGCGACAGUUUCAGGAGCAGUCACCCGAUUGCGGCUCAGUUCACAUAUGAGAGCUGGACCACGCAACAGCCGCCACCGCCGGCGCCGCCGGCACGUGAAAACCCGGAAUUGAACGAUUUCUCUCGGGGAUACAACGAUGCACUCCAGAGAAUCGGAGAAGAAGAGCCCCUGAAAACCAGCGGCAUGUCGAACCAGCCGCACAUUGCUAACCAGGCUGGGACUACCAAUGAAGGCCUGGCUCCCCGAGACACGGUCAUCUCACGGUCUAGCGCGCAAAGUGUUGCGUCGAGCAAUGGUGGGCGGCCGUUGUGGCAUCAGAAUCGGACACAGCCGAACAGGAACCAAUUGUGGAUGUAA